GAAACUCGUAGUUCGAUCGUCGAAGAGAGACGUCGAUAGUCGGUGUAAACACGAAGAAAAAGGAAGGAGAAGCUCGCUUCGACUGGAAAACCGUGGUAGUCGUUGUGUAAGGAGUCGAAGAGGGGCGCCGAAUCUAAACCCGAUAACGAACCAGCUGGUGGCAGUGCCGUCGUACGACGUUUACGUGGAAGUACGGCUUUCGUGAAAAUUUAUUUUUUGACCAUUCGCGGUCAGUGUCGAUGAUUUGAGCGGAAAGAUUUCAAAAACCAUCGGCACAGUGUCACGAAUUCUGAGUUCGUGAAAACGAUUUGUUUCUGGUUCUUGUUGCUUUGUACUGGUGAUUUAUAUCGACCUUGGUGAUUCUUGAUCGAAACAGGGUAGAAGAAAAAACAAAAACAGAAACAUGCCUUGACCGCACCUCGAGCAAGGUGACGUAUUGUACAACAAGAUGUAUUGUACAGUUGAGGGAAAAUCGCUGUGCUUGUAGCACGUACAAGUUACGAUUGGACGACAAAUGUCGUAGGUAUUCUUAUCUGUGCUGAGGUGUGUGUGUGUAUGGGUGAAAUCGUGUGUGCCUGUGGGUGCUGCUCCUCUCGCUUGUAUCUGACCUGACCUAGGUGAGCACCUGGACCAACAACGAUGACUACGAAGGAGUUAUACGUGAAGGGUGGUAGGGUAUGGGUACCGCAUUCGGAGAAGAUUUGGGAAGGCGCGGUACUCCUGGAAGAUUAUAAAUUAAAUCAGCCAACCUUGAAAGUUCGUACGGAUGAUUCCAAUCAAACAAAGGUCCUGGAGAUCAAAUCAGACUCCGAUCUACCACCGUUGAGAAAUCCCGACAUACUCAUAGGGGAGAACAAUUUGACGUCGUUGUCGUUUCUUCACGAGCCAGCCGUUCUCUAUAAUCUUCAGAUUCGUUUUCAACGACACUCUAUUUACACGUAUUGCGGUAUCGUUUUAGUCGCCUUCAACCCGUACAAUGAACUUCCAAUCUACGGAAACGAUACAAUAUGGGCGUACAGGGGUCAGGCGAUGGGCGACUUGGAACCUCAUAUAUUCGCCGUCGCCGAGGAGGCUUACACAAAGCUGGAAAGGGAAGGUCACGAUCAAUCUAUCAUCGUUUCCGGGGAAUCCGGCGCCGGGAAAACUGUCUCUGCAAAGUACACGAUGCGAUAUUUUGCCACAGUCGGUGGUUCAACGACCGAAACGCAGGUCGAGAAGAAAGUUCUUGCCUCUCUGCCGAUCAUGGAAGCUAUCGGCAACGCAAAGACAACGAGGAACGAUAAUUCUUCGAGAUUCGGCAAGUUCAUCGAGAUUCAAUUUAACAAACACUAUCACAUCACCGGAGCCAGUAUGAGAACUUAUCUUCUGGAAAAAUCGAGAGUCGUGUUUCAGACUUACGAGGAAAGGAAUUAUCAUAUAUUUUACCAAAUGUGCGCAGCCUCAGCUCGUCUCCCGCACUUACAUUUGGGCCACCAGAAUAAGUUUCACUAUUUGAAUCAAGGAAAUAAUCCUUUGAUAGACGGUGUAAAUGACUUGGUGUGUUUCGAUGAAACGAUAAGCGCACUGACCAUGCUUGGAUUCUCGUCCAAGCAGCAGGAUGACAUGCUUCGUAUUUUAGCGGCUAUUAUACAUUUAGGAAACGUUCAUAUAGGAAACGUUGAUAACCAAAGUUCGAACAACGAGAGCGAUACCGAGGCUAGUUACAUUCACCCGUCGGACAAGCAUCUCUUGACGAUGUGCGAGUUAUUGGGCAUCGACGCGAAUGCAAUGCGAAAAUGGCUGUGUCAUAGAAAAAUCGUGUCGAUGAGAGAGGUAUUUUUAAAGCCAAUGAACGUGGAACAAGCGGUCGCUGCCAGAGACGCACUGGCCAAGCAUAUUUACGCGGAAUUGUUCAACUGGAUCGUGACUGGUAUCAAUAACUCGCUGCAGUCUCAGAACAAGCCCCAAUGUUUCAUCGGUGUCCUGGAUAUCUACGGUUUCGAGACGUUCGAGAUCAAUUCGUUCGAACAGUUUUGCAUAAAUUACGCGAACGAGAAGCUUCAGCAACAGUUCAACCAGCACGUCUUCAAGUUAGAGCAGGAGGAAUAUUUCAAGGAAGAGAUCGAAUGGACCUUCAUAGAUUUCUAUGACAAUCAACCGUGUAUCGAUCUCAUAGAAACGAAACUGGGUAUCCUCGACUUGUUGGACGAGGAGUGCAGGAUGCCGAAAGGUUCGGACAGUUCGUGGGCGGAGAAACUUUACUCGAAGUGCGGAAAAUCCAAACAUUUCGAGAAACCACGAUUCGGAACGUCUGCCUUCUUGAUUCACCACUUCGCCGACCUGGUGCAAUACGAAACGAUUGGGUUUUUAGAAAAAAACAGAGACACCGUUAUCGAGGAACAGGUUGACGUGCUGCGAAACGGAAAUAAUAAACUGUUGAAGAAAUUAUUCAGCGAGGAAGAUCCGAAACUCAUGGUACCACCGAACGUAAGAGUGAAAGUGUCCGCUCAAAAGCCAGUAUUAAGUACGCCUAAGCAAAACAAGAAAACGGUAGGUUCCCAAUUUCGCGACUCGUUGAACAUGUUGAUGUUGACAUUAAACAAAACUACACCGCAUUACGUGCGCUGUAUCAAACCGAACGAUACGAAAGAAGCAUUUGAAUAUAACCCGGUUCGCGCGGUGCAGCAGUUACGAGCUUGCGGUGUUUUGGAGACGAUCAGAAUAUCAGCGGCUGGUUUCCCCAGUCAAAGAACGUACAACGAAUUCUUCCUCAGAUACAGAUGCCUCUGUAAAUUCAAGGAUAUUCGACGGGAUGACCUCAAGGAAACCUGUCGACGAAUAUUGGACAGGUACAUCAAGGAUGAAGAUAAGUUUAAAUUCGGCAAGACGAAGGUUCUUUUUCGCGCUGGCCAAGUGGCUUAUCUAGAAAAGUUACGAGGGGAACGACAACGAGACGCUUGUAUUAUGAUCCAAAAAACGGUGCGCGGCUUAAUUUGUCGCAGUAGAUACAGGAAGAUUCGACGCGCUGUACUUGGUCUUCAAAGAUACGGAAGGGGUUACAUCGCCAGACAGAAAGCUCAGGCAGUGAGGGAGGAAAGGGCUGCGAUAAAAAUUCAAGCCCGUGUGAAAGGUUGGCUGAAGAGGCGCCGAUACCUUCGGAUAAAGCGCACAAUUCUCGGCAUUCAGACGUAUGGCAGGGGAAAACUGGCGCGAGAAAAAUACGAACGAAUGAAAGAUAAUGCCGCGGCGAUUGUAAUUCAGAGAUUCGCCAGGGGUUAUCUCGUUCGAAUGGCGUGCAAGAAAAAAUUGAAGGAUAUUAUAAUCGUUCAGUCUUGCGUUAGAAGGCGCAUUGCAAGAAAAGAAUUUAAGAGGUUGAAGGCUGAAGCGAGAAGCGUGGAACACGUGAAAUCCCUGAACAAGGGAUUAGAGAAAAAGAUCAUGAUGUUACAGCAAAAGAUCACCGAACUUAUGAAAGAAAAUCAGUCGUUAAAGAACGUUCAAAACGAGAUGGUCGAUUUGAAGCACAGAUUAGAGGGAUUGAAAUCCGUAGACGCGGAAAAUAAGAAAUUAAACGUUAUAUUAAUAGAGAAGGAAAGAGAAUUAGAAAAGAUACAGAAUAUUGUGAAAGUUGAGAGAGACGAAAAAAUGGAUAUUUUACAGGACAAAGAAAGGAAUACACAAGAAAAAGAACAAGAGAACAGGGAACUUCAAAGUGAAAUCGAAAAGUUGCGAAAAGAACUUUCGGUAGCUAACGAGAAGCUGAAGAAUAAUCAACGCGGUGCUGAAGAGAAUUUGAAGCAUCGUUUGGAACAAGAAAAAGAUCUUCUCCUGCUGGAUCAGGAUCAGGAUCGUGGCGCUUAUCAGAAAUUAUUGAAAGAAUAUCAUGAGUUAGAGCAACAUGUAGAAAUAUUAGAACAGAAACUUGCUAUGCACGGCCCUGCACACUCGCGUUCUCUCAGCAAUGCUUCCAGUAGUAGUGGGCAAAUCGUAUCUACGGAACUUCCACAAGACGAUCAAAAUAUUGAUCUUGGUUACGGGUCGGUAAGAUCGACUGCUCCUUCUUCGACCUCUUAUUCACGAUUGGAAACGAUUGAUUGGAAUCAGCAAAGAUCAGAUAGUCCACCCGAAACAAAUGGUCCGGCUCACGCGCCGGUAGAUAUCGGAUUAGUGUUGAAGCUUCAACAGAAAUUAAAGGACGUUGAGAAAGAGAAGGGAAGAUUAAUCAGGAUGGUGGAAGAUUUGGAACGUGAUAGCCCUGAAGAAAGUUCGAGGAUGCAAGAUACAUUUAGGCUUCAAGAAUUGGAAAUGGAAAAUGCUCAGUUAAAGAAAGAUUUAGGUUCGUUAAGAAAAAGUGUUUCCACAGGCCUAACUGGUGCACAGCAGAAUCUCAUGGGACAAUUCGAUGCGCUUCAAGAGGAGCUUGAAAGAAGACGAGAAGAGUGUAUUCAAUUGCAUAGCGUGUUAGCAGAUAAUACGCGAAGAAUGAAGAGCUUAGGCUCGAAUUAUGGCCGCGAUGUGGAUAUUAUAAACGAAGACGGGGAAUUAGUGCUUGCUUUCGAGACUCAGAAAAAGAUCAAUAGUAGUCUUAAGACAAAGCGAAAGGCCUCGAGAGAGCAAUUAGAAGAUGAGCUUCAAACGAAGGAGAAAGAGUGGCGAGCACAGAGGGAUGAAUGGCGUGCGGAAAUCGAUAGGUUGCAGGAGGAAAUUGAGAAACAGCAGAAAUUGCUAUCUGUGAAUUUGAACAAAUCGCCACAGACUCAAACUGAGGCAUAUAUGCAACACGAAAUUGCUAGGCUUACGUCCGAAAAUUUGGAACUACAAGAAAAAUAUGAUAAAAUAGCAGAAGAAUGCAGGAAAUUCAAAAGACAGUGCAAAAUACUUGCGAAACGUCUGAGAGAUGCCGGUUAUGAGGGAGACGAUACUAAGGAACAUAAGGAUCGCCCUUAUAUGACAAAGGGCGCUGUGCCAGAUACAGCAGAAUCUGUAAGCGAUUCUGCGAUAAUGUCUUCCACUAAUCAUUCAGGAGAUAAUGGAAGCAAUUUGCCAGCUAUCCGGAAGAAAGAAAGGGACUACGAGGGCAUGUUCGAGUUUAGAAAAGAAGAUAUCAAUGUGAUAAUACGUCAUCUCGUUAUCGAUUUAAAACCUAGAAUCGCGGUGACAUUACUUCCUGGUCUGCCAGCCUAUAUACUUUUUAUGUGUAUAAGGCAUACAGACUGUAUAAACGAUGAUGAAAAAGUGAGAUUGUUAUUAACGGGCUACCUCAACGCUGUAAAACGUGUAGUCAAAAAACGCGAGGACUUUGAUUCUAGUGUACUCUGGUUCAGUAACACCUUAAGAUUGUUACACAGCAUGAAACAGUAUUCGGGAGACAAACCUUUCCAGAUUGAAAACACUCCAAGACAGAAUGAACAGUGUCUUAGAAAUUUCGAUUUAAGCGAAUAUCGGGUUGUAUUGAGCAACGUGGCGCUUUGGAUUUUCAAUAAUAUUGUAAUGAAUCUUAAAGAAAGAAUUCAGGCUCUAACGGUUCCUGCUCUUCUUGAACACGAAGCCAUAUCAGGCCUGGAUUCUAACAAACUCGGUCGACCACGAUCGUCCUCCAUGGGAGAGGAACCAGAGUCAACUCAGCAAAAACUUAACAAACUUCUCGAAGAACUUACCUCAGUGUAUAAAACUCUUCAGUUUCAUGGUGUUGACUCCGAGAUCGUCGUACAACUUUUCAAACAACUGUUUUAUUUCAUGUGCGCUAGCGCUCUGAAUAAUUUGCUUCUAAGGAAUGAACUUUGCCACUGGACGAAAGGCAUGCAAAUAAGAUAUAACUUGAGCCAUUUGGAGCAAUGGGGAAGAGAUCGGAAAUUAGAACCAGCAUCCGAAGCCCUUCAGCCCAUUGUACAAGCUGCACAGCUAUUGCAAGCUCGCAAAACAGACGAAGAUGUCAAUUCUGUAUGCGAGAUGUGCAACAAAUUAACUGCAAAUCAAAUAGUAAAAAUUCUAAAUUUGUAUACACCAGCUGACGAUUUCGAAACGCGCGUUCCAGUUUCAUUUAUCAAAAAGGUACAAGCCAAACUGAGUGAACGUGGUGAAAACAACGAACAGCUGUUAAUGGAUCUUAUGUAUUCGUACCCAGUAAGAUUACCAUUCAAUCCAUCAGAUAUUCGACUAGAAGAUAUCGAAAUACCAGAAGUACUUCAUUUACCCAUGCUCAAAAAGGUAUAAUCAUAGGAAAAAAGAAAUUUAGAGGCCCUGCUGUGCAUAUAACUUUUAGUUGAGUAACAGUCUAACGAAUAAUUGAAUUCGUAUAGCUUAUUUAUUAAAAAAAAAAAAAAAAAAAAAAAAAAAACAAAGAAAACAAAAAAAGACAAAAAAAAACGAAGAGGACGAGGAGGAGGAAGUAAUUUAAAUUACUUUGGUCAUAAUAGAUAACGCAUCGAGAGGGGUCAUUAUAUUUUAUAUAUUUUUUUUUACUCGUGUAAUUUGUAUUUUAUGACUCAUCAUUCCUAUUCUUCCGCGUAAAAAUGUCGAUUUAACGAAUCCGUUAUGACAGAUUUUCGUUAUUAAUGUAUAGCGAUUGUACGUCAAGAUUUAAGGACGCUGUUGAUAUAAGGCUCUGCUGGGGCUUGCAAUUUAAACAUCUGAAUUGAAUGAAAAUAUUAGACGUACAUAAGAAUAGUGAGAUAUGUACAGGAAUACAGGAAUGCAAGUAUAUACGAUGAAACGAAGUGCCGAAUUCUGUAUCAAGAUACAGAGAUGUUGUUAUCGAGAUUAAAGAUGUUUAAGAAAUGUGUUUUACAGUAUUGUUAGUCUAUCAAAAGUUAUGGCAAAAUAUUGCAACUCCAAGCAUGAACUUCAUGCAUAUAAUAAAAGAAAUUUAUUGUGUAAAAAGAAGGCGAAAGAGAUAUAACGUUAUGUUGGAAUAGAUUGUAUAUUUUGUGAUAAAAGAGGAAGAUUAUCUAUGAUCUGGUUCCUGCAGGCCGAAGGCAGAAGAUAUUGCAAAAAAGAGAGAGGAAGACAAAGGUAUAUAUGUGUUAUAAUAUAAUUUAUAAAUCUGCAAGCGAUUGUAUUUUGUGCCAUUUUAUUAAUAGAAUGUUACUAAAUUCUUUUUCUUACAUUCAUCGAUCUACGCUUAUGUUUAUGAUCUGUGAAGUGAUUUCUCGAAGAUGAAAUUCCCACAACUCGAAUUAUGUAAAGAAUAUCUGUGUAUGCAAUUAUACCUUGACUCGAUGUGACAAAUUUAUUUGUUCCUAUGAUAAAAAUAAAAAAGUAUCGUUGACGGAAACAUAUGCCACAUUUAAUCAAUGUAUUAUACAUACGAUUAGUAGCAAGAGGAUUUAAAGAAAAGUAAAUUUUGGUGAAAGUAAAAUUAUUUAUUUACUUAGUCAUGCCGACGCAUAAAUUAUGACGAUGACAAGAAGUUAACUAAAUUUAAUACAAUUAUUAAUUGAAAACGUGAAUGAAGCUCAAAGCGAAAAUGAAAAAAUGUUAAAAAAUCCAAUAGUGCAAGUAUCGACGUAAAAAAUAAGCAAUUUAGGCAGCAUCGCCGGCAUCAUUUGGUGAACGUAUGUCAUCGAUUUUAAGUAUCAUCUUGACCAGUUGUGUAGCCAAUAGAAUUUGUUGUGUUUUACUCGUUAAUGUUUCGAUAACGUUUUGGACUUUCAUAUCUGAAAGAAUAAAUAACUAUUUAUUUCUAAUUAUUACAAUAAAAGACAAUUACAAUUA